CUCUAUCUGUAAAAUUGACUUUCUGGCCACCUCUAUUUCGGAUUUCUGGAUCCGCCACUGGUUCCAUAGUGAGGGGGAGGAGGGGUAUUAUUAGUAAUUCUGUUAGUGUUACUGGGCUGUGUGGUGAUAGGUGAAGGGGGAAUACUUUAGUAAUUAUAUUAUAAUAAUAGGUUUGUCUGUAUGCAUUGUAUUAUAAUAUUUACAGUAUAUCAUUCUCAUGGUGUCACUUUUAAGUCUGGUCUCUGUUUAACUAAUUUCAAUGCACGAGAGAUUUGAAUGUAAUUUUCAUAUAUCUUACAUUGCCAUAGUCUACUACCUCCCCCGUCCAUAUUCGUAAAUAUGUGAUCCAAGUGAGGCUUUUACAGUUGCGACCACCAUUUUGCCAAACACAUUAGCUUUCGAUAGGAUUUUAAUUUUUCGAUUUUUUUGUUUUUGUUUUGUUUUAUCUUCAUGUAGGUUCCAGUGAUGGCGAAGUUUUGGCGUAAAUUGGAUGAAGGAGGGAUUCUUCCAGAACCGUUAGUGCGCUAUUUGUGGAAAAAUGAACUUACUGCCACUGAAGAUGAGGAUGACGUCAUCUUUGAAGACUUCAUCGAACUUAUGAAGGCAUUUGGACUUCUCUUUGAAAAGAAUGCAUCAGAAGAGGACGGUCGACUAUUUGUCGUCCCUUCUCGGAUGAAGACCGAGCCUGAUAAUAGAUUGGAGAUUAAGAAAGACGAGGAGCAAACCGUAUCCAUCUAUGUGACGCCUAAAGACUUUCUCCCCGACGCCAUCUACGAUGUCUUGGUCGUUAGAUUUGUGAACUUGAGUCAGGAGAGAGGUUGUUUUGAUGAUCCUGAGUUAUUUCAGAAUAAAUCUGAAAUAGUAUUUGAUGAUGAGCAUUACCUAAGGCUAGGACGAAUAUUCAUUGGUAGCAAACAGUGUCUAAAGCUUGAAAUAUCGCGAAUGAAAGACGCAGACGAUGCAGACAAGCCAAUAUGUAAGCCGCAUCCUACCAUCUGUAAGGAGAACAUAAUGGAUAAUGAUAAAGAGCUAUCUGUAUGA